UAUUUUUGCACACACAAAUGCUUCAUCGAAUUUCCAAGUUUACGGUUUCUUUGAUCAUUUUCUUUAUUUCCACAAUUAUUCUAUCAGUUUGUGGAAAUGAAUUAAAGUUUACAAUUGAAAAUGUCAAAUUUCGAAGCCCCGGAAGUUUUCGUAUAAAACGAACUGUUCACCCUAAAAGAGAGAAAGGAGUUGCUCAAAACGUCACACAUCUUCUCAAUAAUGUUUUGAAAAAUUACGAUCAACAUUUCCGACCCGGGUUUAACUCUGGAAAACCAACAAAAGUUUACAUAGAUCUUUUCAUUCGAACAAUGGGACCAGUUUCGGAUCUGUUCAACACUUACUCAUUCAAUUGUUACUUCCGUCAAAAAUGGACAGAUGAUAGAUUACAUUUCAAUAAUAGUGGAAUUGGUUUCAGACAGUUAUCUUUGAGUAUGGCUAUGCUGGAUAAAAUCUGGAAACCAGAUACGUAUUUUUGGAAUGGAGCUGGAAGUUAUGUCCAUGGAAUCACGACUUCUAAUAGACUGGUUAGAUUGGAACCAGAUGGAACGAUUUUAUACUCGAGUAGGAUAACUGUUAAAGCAAAAUGCCAAAUGGACAUGAGCCGAUAUCCUCUUGAUAAACAGGCAUGCCGCCUUGUAAUUGGAUCAUAUGCCUACUCAUCAGAUGAAGUUCAAUACAAAUGGAGAAUAAUGGGAGACGAUAACGGCGUCAAAAUAGACUAUGAAAGCAUUGCUGAUUUACCACAAUUUUCAUUGUCGGGAUUUAAAGUCUACAAGCCGGCGAACAUAACAAGAGAUAAAGAAUAUUCGGCUUUGGAGGUCAGAUUCUACUUUGAUCGUCACUUUGGAUAUUUCUUAAUGAACUUCUACGUUCCGUGUGCUUUGGUUGUUCUUCUUUGUUGGGUUGCAUUCUUUACAAAACGAGAAGCAACUGCUGAAAGAAUUGGAAUUGGAAUUACAAAUGUAUUGACAAUUGUUUUAAUUUCAAUGGAUAGCAAAUCAGAUUCUCCAAAGGUUGAUAGCCCGACGGCUCUUGAAGUUUUUAUUUGGAUAUGUUACUUGACUCAUUUGAUUUGUAUGGUGGAGUUCACUGUCGUUCAUUAUCAUACAAAAUAUAACACCGGAGAUCCUGAGAUUCAAGAAGUCGAAAGAGAACGAUUGCGACAAAUUAUUAAACAAAUUCCAAAGAAUACAAACAAUCGUGCCACAGAGCCUACAUUCAGGAGAAGAAAUGCCGCGCUUCCUGUUUCUAUUGCUAGACCUCUUCCCAACAAAACCAAGAGAUUCAUGUCUGUUCGCCAGCCGAAAAAGAGUGAACAAACUGAAUCCAUUCAACUUAUGAGGAAAAUAAGUAACAUGGAAUCUACAACACAUAAUGAAGUUGAAAGCAGCUUGAAUCUGGAAUCAAUUCGUCAAGAAAAUGUUGGAUGGAGACUUUACUACUGGAUGAUUGAUCACAAUAUUAAGACAGAUCCCUUCGGCGUUGCACAAAAUUCCACAAGUCGUAUAGACAAGAUCUCUGUAAUUGUAGCUCCACUAAUUUUUAUUUUGACUAUUGCUUUAUAUUAUGAUUUCUAUGUAAAUAGAGUGUUCAAAUUCAACUUUGACAAUGAUUUUGGAACUAUGUGA